AGGAACAUGAAGCCAUCACUCUUGGUGUUUAUUGUGUAUCUGCUAUGGUUGGAAGGACGUCACUGCGCACCUACUUGGAAGGACAAAGCCGGUAUCCAUGGAAACCUGAAGGGUUUUCCUGAGGCUGGAGACAUAGAUGGAGACGAAGAAGUGAAGAAGGCUUUGAUUGGCAUGAAGCAGAUGAAAAUCAUGAUGGAAAGAAGAGAGGAGGAACAUACCAAUCUAAUGAAAACCCUGAAGAAAUGCAAAGAGAAAAGCAGGUCCACCCUGAAACUCAUGAAUGAAGUUCAGGAACAUCUGGAAGAAGAACAAAGUCUAUGCCAGGUGUCUUUGACAGAUUCCUGGGACGAAUGCAAGUCUUGCCUGGAGAGUAGCUGCAUGAGAUUUUACACAACCUGCCAAUCUAGCUGGUCCUCUAUGAAAAAUACGGUCGAACAGUUUUUCAGGAAGAUGUAUCAAUACUUGUUUCCUUUCCAUGAAGAUAAUCAAAAAGAUCUCCCUGUCAGUGAAAAAUUCAUUGAGGAGGACGCACAAGUGGCCCAAAUAGAGAAUGUAUUCAGCCAGCUGACCGUGGAUGUGAGAUUUCUCUUUAACAGGAGUCUUAACGUCUUCAAACAGAUGCAGCAAGAAUUUGACCAGGCUUUUCAAUCAUAUUUCAUGUCAGAUACAAACUCCACACAGCCUAGCUUUCUUCCGGUUUUAUCCAAAGAACCAGAGAAAAAAAUGGAUCCUGUGCAAAGUUGGGACAUUCCCAGCUUCUUCCAGCUGUUUUGUAAUUUCAGUCUCUCUGUUUAUCACAGUAUCAGCACGGCAGUCACCGAGACGCUGAAUGCAAUAGCAGAUUUACCAAAGCAAGACAAAGACUCUAACCAUGGAAGCCUGAGUUCAGAGAUGUUGCCUGUGCAGAACAGGGGACCGUGUGCAGAACUUGGCCAAAAUUUGUCAGAAUGUUUCCAGUUUCAUGCAAGAUGCCAAAAAUGUCAGGAUUACCUGUGGGAAGACUGUCCCGAUGUACCUGAACUGCACACAAAAGUAGAUGAGGCCCUCAGAUUGGUCAACGUGUCCCAUGAGCAAUAUGCCCAGAUUCUCCAGAUGACCCAGCAUCACCUGGAGGACACCACAUAUCUGAUGGAGAAGAUGAGAGAGCAAUUUGGCUGGGUGACUGAACUGGCAAACCAGACCCCAGGAACUGAGAGCACCUUCAACUCCAUAAAGGUGGUUCCAGAUGUUCAUGAAGGGAAUUUUCCCAAACAAGAUGAAACAAUGAUAGACUUGAGCAUUCUGCCUUCUCCCAAUUUCACACUCAAGAUCCCUCCUGAAGACAGUGAUGACAGUUCUAACUUCAUUAGCUACGUGCUGGCGAAAGCUGUGCAGCAUUUUAAGAAACACUUUUAA